AUGCUUGCAUACCUUAUGGAGAAUGAGGCGUAUGAGAAAAGAGAGGUCCUCAAUAUGGUAAUCGACCGAGGUGUCGAUCUUGCAAAGGUCUUGAAUUUGUCGCCACAUGGACGACAUACGAUUCUCUUGGUUCUCUAUGCUACCGGCCCAAGAGCCUUUGCCCAUGACUUUGUGCGUCAACAUAUCGGCCUAUUUGAGUACUAUGACAUGGCCCCAGCAAAUUCCUGGCUUAUUCGAACGAUUGCCCGAUCGGAAUCAUGGUUUCGUUCCAAGUUGAUUCGCGAGCAUCAAGACUUGUGGAAUCCAUCUUGUGGUGAUCAGGCUCAGAAAGCUGGGCCAGACGUCAGUCUCCAGACACAGAUCAACGAUAUGCGCAUGGCUGAUUCUGAGGAGCGUAAUCUCUAUUUAUCGGCCUUGUGCGCAGGAGGAACUGCUGCAGAGCUCGACGCACUCCUCUCGUAUCCGAGCGAGCUUCCUGAACUUGACCCCAGUCACGAUAAUGGCAAUUGCCUUCGCCAGUACCUUGAAAUUUCUGCCAGUUUUGGGAACUGCGACGUCUUCGAACGCCUGGUCAAGGCUGGUGCCGACGUCACCACAGACCAGGACCUACUAUGGAGAUUAACCUUAGGAGUGCCCAUGGUACCCGCUUAUUUCAACAAAUCUGUCGACUGGGCCAAGUCACGAUGCGACAUGGUAGGAAGCCUUUUGUUGGAUCCAUCAACAUCACUCUCCUCAUGUUUGCCGUCCUUGAUAACCAAUUUACGCCCUUCCAAGACCGUUCGAGCCGCUCUGUGGCUAUCCGACCACUUGAACAUCACGUCAGAAGUGCGACCACAGCUGAAUCCAGAUGAAGCUCUAAUAUGGUCCAAAUUCGGCCACGUGAUCUCAUAUACAUGGCCACGUCUCUACAAAAUUCAAAGCCUCAAGCUUAAGAGGGGUAUGGAAGGAGACACAGGAGUGGGAUUUCUCUUGACUGCAGCUGUCCUCCUCAGAGACCAAAAAGUUCUCGAAACCGUGUUAACCGAGGUCGCUGACCUCGAAUGGGAGGACAUCAAUGGUUUAACUGCGCUGAUGCUGGCCAUCAUCUCGCGCUCGUUCGAAUCCGCGAGGACGCUGCUGCUGCAUGGCGCUGAUGCACAGGGCAUGAAGUCCUGCGGAUUCUCGGCCAAGCAACUGAUCAUCAAGCUGAGAGAUUUGUGUGAAGACCGUGAGGCAGGGAACGGCAGUGACCGAAGGUGCAAUGACGUUCUUCUAAGAGACAAGCACCUUAGGCAGCGCAUUUGUGAAGAAUUUGGUGAGAAAGUGGGCUACUUUUCCCUCGAUGUCUGCGCUUUAGACAGCGACUUGAGAGGCAGCUUCAAGGAGUUCAAUGAUGCAAUUGAAAUGCUGGGAUUCGACAACUGUGAGCAAGAACAGGUUAGCACGAUUCCUCAAAGCGUUCCAAAGACACUGGAAACUACGAGUAUGAGGCUAAAACCUGAGCCCUUGACAAUACAUCUGCUGGUCAUCGCUGGAUAUGUGAUUGGCAUUCUCGCUCACGUUGGCUACGACACUUGGUAUUCUCUCAGCUGGCUCUCAAAGCUACCUCCUUCUGUGCUGGCUUUGGAAGAUGGUGGUGAGGUAUUGGUAUUGGUCUACGCCCAGCGAGAUAUGCUUGACCGCCAUUGUGACUGGGACGAUAUUUGUCUGGACAAGGUUUCACUCAAAAAGAGAGUCUCGCCUCCUCAACAGCAGCGCUUUGGAAAGACAUCCGAAGUCUUUCAGCUGAAGCGAUACUGGUGGAAUAAAUACUCUGUGUUGGGCGCUUCAGAGCAUGCAACUUUCAACCUUCCUGCACCGUGUGCUAAAUUACGACUGAGCAACACCUACCGGCGUGCUCAUUACGCUCAGCUCAUCCUGUGCUCGAUGCAUGCCCUAUUACUCUGUUUUAUCAGAAACACAACUAAGUUUGGCAGGAUCUGCUAA